CUAUCUAUCUAUCUAUCUAUCUAUCUAUCUAUCUAUCUAUCUAUCUAACCCUGAUGGUGUCAUGCCACCUAUUAUUGGUUUAGCUUAUAUUGCUGUACCAUAAGAUAAACAACCAAAUAAGUAAUAGUUUCUUAUUUUAACCAAUGGCAAGUAGUUUUGCAUCAAAAAAGAAGAAAAACAGGCGCCUUGAAUGGCGUUAAAACAAGCGGCCGUCGGAGGGAGCCGUAAGCUCAGCGCAGGCCAUCCUGUCCGGGUCCACCUUAAAAAGGCGCUAUAUCGCCGGGCUACCUGGAGCACCGUGCGCACUCCGGUAGCUCCUUUGGGCUGGUCCAAGUCCCGGGCGGAGUCACUGAAGGGGCAGUGCGAUGUGAAGAGAGAAAAAAAAGAAAGGAAAGGAAAGAAAAUUAGCUCUGCUCACGCCAUUGCCGUCUGAGGCGGUACAGGAAACUUUUUUUGGUUUUAUUUUUGGGUUUUUUUUUCACCAGCCGGACAGAUCUGGGUGUGCCGGCGUGCGGGGCGGACGGGGGGUCUCGCGCUGACACUUGGGGUCGCAGGACGAUCUGCAUGUCGCCGGGGUCGCUGUCACUUCCUCUGGCUAUUUAUUUAAUACAGUUUCGGCAAGCGCUGGACGGGAAGGGAGAGGGAAGAAGGCUCGCUGGAUAUAUUUUCUAAAGGCUUUUUUAUUAUUGUUUUUAUCUUACGACGCAAAGCCAUCAUGUUGGCGACCGGAGGGAAAUAUGCAAGCAAAAAGCGAAAGAAGCCCGUACAGAAAAGUCCCAAGCCCCCGCCGCGAGAAGGUGCCAAGUCCAACCCCUCCAAGCGGCACCGGGACCGACUUAAUGGGGAGCUGGACAAGCUGACCAGCCUGCUGCCCUUCCCCGAGGAUGUGCGGGCCCGCCUGGACAAACUGUCUGUGCUGCGGCUCAGUGUCGGCUACCUGAAGGCCAAGAGUUUCUUCAGCGCGACCAUGAAGAAUGGCAGUGUUGGCUGGCCAGUGGACAAGCCCUCAUCUUCCGGAUCUAACGGAAUGAAUGUUCCCACCACCAGCAGCAUCAGUUUCUCGGAAGGGGACCUUCUGCUCCAGGCACUUAAUGGCUUCGUCCUGGUGGUCACCUCAGAGGGGUCUGUCUUCUAUGCCUCCCCCACCAUCCAGGACUACCUGGGUUUCCUGCAGUCGGACGUGAUCCACCAGAGUGUGUUCGAAUUGAUCCACACGGAUGACCGUGCCACGUUUAAAAGUCAGCUGCACUUCGCCCUCAAUCCCACCCAGUUUGGUGAAGAAGGCGAUGGGGAAGGCACACAUAGUGGUGGCGGGAUGACCACCGGCAGUGUCAUCACCUACGACCCUCACCACAUCCCCCCUGAGAACUCCUCCUUCCUGGAGAGAAGUUUUGUGUGCCGCUUCCGCUGUCUCUUGGACAACUCCUCCGGCUUCCUGGCCCUGAACUUCCAGGGUCGUCUGAAGUACCUGCAUGGGCAGAACAAGGUGGCCGAGGACGGGACCAUAGCUCACCCCCAGCUAGCUCUGUUCACCAUUGCCACCCCACUGCAACCGCCCUCCAUCAUGGACAUCCGGAUCAAGACACUGAUCUUCCAGACCAAGCACAAGCUGGACUUUACACCCAUAGGGAUUGACACCAGGGGGAAGGUGGUUCUGGGAUAUAACGAGAUUGAGCUGACAAUGAGGGGAUCUGGCUACCAGUUUAUUCAUGCAGCAGACAUGAUGCACUGUGCAGACAACCAUAUCAGAAUGAUAAAAACCGGCGAGAGUGGCCUCACGGUCUUCCGGCUGCUGACUAAGACAGAGGGCUGGGUCUGGGUUCAGGCAAAUGCACGGCUUGUGUUCAAAGGUGGUCGGCCUGAUUUCAUUGUGGCGAGUCAGAGAGCCUUGACAAACAAAGAGGGAGAGGAACACUUCAGACAGAGAAAGAUGCAGCUUCCCUUCAACCUUUCUACAGGCGAGGCGGUCUUGUAUGAGACCGGGCCAACAUUAGACAUACCAGAUAUUAACGCAGAGACUACGAAGAUCCAGAAUAUGGCUGACGCACAAGGCGUGGAUCCCAACUCGCUUCUGGGGUUGAUGCUAAAACAGGAUCAGUCAGCAUACCUCCCGCAGCCUGACCCUCAGAUAUCCAUGGACCAAAUCUUCAUGGAUAGCCAUGCCGUGCUCAAUGUCCCAAGCAACCACUGUCAUUUUGGCACUCCAAGGCUGGACAGCAGAGUCAAGAAAGAAGUGCCAGCUAAAGCCAUGAAGGAGACUCUGGAACAGAUCUUGGAAGACUAUGAUGCCCUCAGGGAUCUGGAAGUGGAUGCAGAAGAAUUGGAGGAAUGGGAGAGUGCUUUGCUAAAAAUGAACAUCAGCAAUAGUGAUGAGCCUGUGGAGCUUGACAGCAUCCUUACUGAUGACAUUCUCUCAUAUGUUGAGGAUGCCUUUUUCAUGGGCAAAGCAGACAGCCAGUAUAGCACUGAGCAAUCCCACUCCAAUGCUUUUGUUGAAACACCACACUGUCUGCAAGGGCUAGAGCUUCAGGAUACAGUACUAUCCGACAAUGCACCUAUUAUCAAUCAGAAUGAUUUGAUGAGUGUGAAUAGUCAGAACCUGGUAGGAACAGAAAGCUCAGGUCUCAGCUUGGAGGAUCUCCUGCUUUAUGGGCUAAACAAUCUCACACAGCAGACACAACCAGAAAGAGUGUUCACUAAAGUCUGGGAUGCACCAAAAGUCACUUUCCAGAAUGGUUUUAGUGGCAAUGACUUUGGAUCUUGUGACCACAUACAGAACUAUGGUCUUCCCAGUCCGGAGGCUGGUUUUAGCCUCACCACGCAGAAUGGCCUGGAACCGUACUCUCAAGGACCUCUGCAGCCAGCUCGUAAAGUCUACCUAAAUGGCACAAUUCAGUCAUUUCAUGACCAUAUGCAGCCCACAAUGAUGGACCACCCAAUAGUGUUCCAGCAGCAGAAUAGCACUGAUGUUUCCACUCCAGUGUCCUCCAAUCAGGAGAGGGAGUGGGGCCCUUCCAUCCUUAACACUAACUUUACAGGCAGUCUGACAGAGGUCUGCACUGAUAAUGUGAGUCCAUCAGCUGCCAUCUCCUUUCAAAGGCAUUUUCCACCUCAGACCCAGACCAGCCAAACUCAGAGACUGCAAACCUGGCAGCAUCAAAAGCAACUUCCCCCAGCCAUGCAGAAUGGACACCAAAGUCUCUCCAACUGCUAUGGCCAGAAUGCCACUUUCCGGGGGAGUGCCCAUAGGGGCCUCUCAUCACCAAAUACACAAGCCUGUGUCACCGGCUGCAGGCUCACACCCAGCCUGUCCACCAUGUCUAGCACACCAUACUGUUCCCAGCUGGGGCAGGCAGACCCCACGCCCCAGGCAAGCAAGAGCUGUAUGUUUGAAGGCAGCUCACUGCCACCCGUCAAUGGAACACGCUUUAGUCACACAGGACUCUUAUCAUCACAGAAGGUGGCACUUCAACAUGGCCAGACUAUAGUACCAACCUCGUGCCUCUUCCAGAGCAGCAAGGAUGGGCCCAGGGUUGAUGCAGUCAGGGUGGUGCAGGAUGAUGCCAUCAUCACUGGCCUGUCGUGCAAGAUGACCACUGGCUUCAACCCGGAGACCCUCCAGGCCCAGCAGCAGUACCUCAGCCAGACAGAGGUACCAGGAAGUUUGAGAGGAGAAAAUGCAACUUUUGCCUUCCCUGUUAUUACAAAUGGGACUAAUUUUUUACCUGAGAGAAAUCAAACCAAUUGCUGUGACUUCUAACGCGGGGGGGUGUCCAUGCCUGGGAGAAAAAAACAUGUCCUGAGUGCCUUUCAGAGUGACAUGGACAUCCGUCUCCUUAUUUUUGGAAUGACACCGUCUACGGUUCACACCUCGGCAUGAUCGCCUGCACCGCCUCGCACACCAUACCUUCCAACGGCAUCACAUUGGAACCUUUCAGCUUUGUUUUCUGUUAUUCCUGCCUGGUCCCCAGCUUUACUGCAGCCCUGACUGAGACUCUGUGGACAUGUCAGUAAGGUGGAGAGGUGCAGUCUCAGAUUUUACAAACAGAAUCUGCUGAGGGAAUAAGACCACACUGAGUCUCUGAAUACACACUUAAAUUCUCUCUACACACAGCCGGGAUGUGAAAGGAAUCCAACUCUCUUGGUCUUAACUAACAGUCAAAAGCUGUGAUGCAUCAUAGUAUUUGUACUAUAUUUCACACAACAUUUAAAAAAAGAAAAAAAAAACAUUUCUUUCAUGUACACAAAAA